AUGGCUUCACACACGCAGAACGACAGCUCAGCAGGCUUCCAGCCGGUCUUUAAAUCGUUCGCCACAGAUGCGAUUCAUGUUGGUUCAGAACCGGAGCAGUGGAACUCUAUGGCCGUAGUGCCUCCUAUUUCAUUGUCUACCACCUUUAAACAGCAUGGACCGGGAAAACACGCGGGUUUUGAGUACAGCAGGAGUGGAAAUCCCACAAGAAACUGUCUUGAGAGAGCAGUUGCUGCUUUGGAUGGUGCGCAAUACUGUCUCGCUCUUGCCUCUGGAUUGGCUGCAACUUUGACCAUUACGCAUCUUUUUAAGGCCGGAGAUGGAAUUUUGUGCAUGAAUGAUGUUUAUGGAGGAACUAACCGAUAUUUCAGGAAAAUAGCUGCAGAAGUUGGCCUUGAUGUCUCUUUUGCUGACCUCACGAAGCUAGAGGAGCUGAAAGCAGCUCUUAAACCAAAUACAAAGAUGAUAUGGAUUGAAACGCCCACAAACCCUACUAUGAAGGUAGUGGACAUUCAGGGCUGUGCAGAUAUUGUCCAUGAGCACAAUAAGGACACAAUUGUUGUUGUGGACAACACUUUCAUGUCAGCCUAUUUCCAGCGCCCCCUUGCACUUGGAGCAGACAUCUGCAUGUACUCUGCAACAAAAUAUAUGAAUGGACACAGUGAUGUUGUCAUGGGCUUGAUGUCUCUCAACCGUGAGGACCUCUAUGAGCGGCUGAAGUUUUUGCAAAAUGCACUUGGUGCCGUUCCCUCUCCAUUUGACUGUUAUAUGUGCAACCGGGGUCUGAAGACACUGCACCUGAGAAUGAAGCAGCACUUCAAGAACGCACUGGCUGCGGCACAGUUUCUAGAGGCCGACCCAAGAGUGGACAGUGUCAUCUUCCCAGGUCUUCCAUCUCACCCUCAGUAUGAGCUGACAAAGAAACAGUGCACAGGCUGUCCUGGGAUGAUUACUUUCUACAUUAAAGGAAAACUGGAGCAUGCCUCAACUUUCCUCAGCAGUCUGAAGUUGUUUGCACUUGCUGAAAGUCUUGGUGGUUAUGAGAGUUUAGCAGAGCACCCAGCGAUUAUGACUCAUGCUUCAGUACCUGAGAAUGAGAGGAAAGAACUGGGCAUCAGUGAUACACUCAUUCGUCUGUCAGUGGGCCUGGAGGAUGAGGAGGAUAUUAUUGCAGACCUAGACCAAGCCCUCGCUGCUGCACAUUCAAAAAAGUAAGAGGCUGAUGAAGAUCGAUCAGGAACAGCAGUGAUGCCACAUGUGGAUGAGACAAGGACACUUUUUUUAUGGCACAUUUAUAAAUUACUUGGAAUAAGACUGUUGUGCUUGAACAAAAUAAACUGUAUUUGUCAGGGAACAAAUUAACCUCAAGAAACUCAUCUUUUCAUUCAAAGAACAGGAGAUUUGCUGCUUUUGUGUUUCUAUUUUUGGUAAUUGAUUUAUGAGAUAGUGGGGCUAACAAAACAGACUCCACUAUUAAAGUUUUAAUACAGGAAAACACCAGGACUGCAAGGGAAGUCUGAUGUGAUGCAAAUGAAGAUUUGUGUCUUUUUUAUAUAGACUGUUAAAGUGAGUGAUUCAAGUUAAUCAAGAAUUACAAAAAAAGAGACGCCCUCUGUGUUCUCAAGUAAUGCACAAGCGCACUAUCAGUCUUUAUUUUCUGCAUCAAAGAUGCAAAGCCACCUCAUAAUGUUUCAAAUCACCUUUCUUUGAUCAGUUUUGUAUUUUAAAUUCUAGAUAUUGGCUAGAUGCUUUAGUGUUUUUGAUUCUGAAGGAUCACAUCUGAUCUUUGUCUGUGCUGCCAGACCCAUUAAAAGCCAUUUGUAGUCUC